ACAAUCAUGGAUAUCAGUAAAUCUGUCAUGUUACAUCGGGACGCGAGUGAUUACAGUAUUCAGUUGAAUCGUUGGUUUCUAAAAUUGGUGGGCGCUUGGCCAAGUUCAGCCUCCACAACAGUCAGAGAAAAGCCGCGAUAUACAUCGUUGCGUGGAGCACGUGAAGACCGAUUGGCGAAUGAUAACAGAGAUAGGAGACCGGGGUUAUGCGCAGUUUUCAUGCACGGCGGUGUGUUCUCGCACAGCUUGAUACAAGGCAUUUUAUUACCAACAUUUGUAUAUAUCGGAAAUGUGAGCGUAUCCGUGCAUAGGUUACCGUGUCCCACGUAUAGCAAGUUCGUAGAUAUUACAAAGAGUCCAGCAGGCGAAAUCGCGUUAAUCAUACAGCUUAUCUCGAGCAUCGUCGUCAAUUCCGUCACAGCCGGAGCCUGCAGUCUCGCAGCGGUGUUUGCGAUGCAUGCGUGCGGACAAUUGAAUAUACUGAUGAGAUGGCUGGACCAGCUGGACGAUCGAAAGCAGCAAGAUAUGGUACAGCAUCGAUUGGCGAUCAUUGUGGAGCACCAUCUACGAGUGUUAAGUUUCGUGGCACAAAUGGAAGCACUUUUAAAUCAGAUAUGUUUUGUAGAAUUGCUAGGAUGCACAUUUAACUUAUGUAUGCUCGGAUAUUAUAUCAUUACGGGAUGGAAUACAAUAGAGACAAAAAUGACAAUAGCUUGUAUGAUGAUUAUAUAUACAUCCAUGACUUUCAACAUUUUUAUAUUCUGUUAUAUUGGCGAAACAGUAACAGAACAGUGUAAACAAAUAGGAGAAAUAGCUUAUUUGACUAAUUGGUAUCGUUUGCCACAUAAAACGGCUCGAGGUCUUAUCUUAAUUAUCUCCCGAUCGAGUAGUGUAAUCAAAUUAACUGCAGGGAAGCUAGUUCAUCUUUCUAUCGCAACUUUUGGUGAUGUGAUGAGAACCUCUAUGAUAUAUUUAAACAUGCUCCGGACCAUGUCACCGACUUAGUGAUGACAG